GUAAGGUGACUCUUUUCAUUUUCUCAUCUUUUCAACACAAAAACUUCAAUUCUCUUUAUUUCACCCGGAGUUUCAUUAUCAAUCAGUGUCCAUCAAUCAGCUUAAUUGUAAGCCAAUAAUUGUCUCUCACAACAAUCAUCACCCAUCGAUUCCAAGUGACACUAUUUCAAAAUGGCGACAAUCAAAUGACCAAGAUGAGUAAUAGUGUUUUCUAAAUUUCAGUUUUUAAACUACACACCCUUUAGAAAGAAAAGAAUGUUUUUUUCUUCUCUUUCGUCAAGAUUUUAAUGGUUUCAUCUUUAACUCAUCCAGAGCUUCUGGUAAAGAUUUCAGAUUGAUGGAAAUCAUUAACCACCAUCAUAGAUCAAAUCUUUUACUGGUGAUAUUUCAUUCACCUUCACCUUCGUCAUCAUUAACUUUAAUCAACCUAAUCAACUGGACCUGGUUUUGGAUUAUAUUAUCACUUAUUUCAGGCUCAUUACAACGAAAUGCUUGUCCACAGCGAUCACUAAUUAAACCCUGUACGUGCCAAGAAAAGAACAAAGGUUUCGACAUAUUAUGUGAAGGAGCGGAAAUGAAUGAACUAAAGGAAGCCAUUGGUAGUAUUGCGAAAACGGGAUAUGGAGCAAAUUAUUUGAAAUUUCGAAAAAAUUCUCUGCCCACUUUUCCCGCCUUUCUUUUAGAUGGACUUGAUGUGACCCACUUAAUUGCUCACCAUUGUAACAUAAGCUCAAUUGAAGAGACGGCCUUUUUUGGUCUAUCAGAUAAAUUGGAAUCGAUUGAUUUAUCUGAAAAUGUAUUAACAAAGAUUCCAACUAAAUCGUUAGAAACGUUGUCAUCCCUUGUAUCAUUAAACCUUAAUUAUAAUAACAUUCAAGUGCUUCACUAUGGUGCAUUCAGGGGACUCAUAUCGCUCCUACGUUUAUCUUUGUAUGGUAACAAGAUUAAAACAAUUGAUCAAAAUGUUUUCCAUGGGAUCGGCGGUAAUUUAACUCGAAUUAAUCUCGGCGGUAAUCAAUUAUCUUCCAUUGAUUCAACUAGUUUUUUUAAUCUAACAACUCUCAAGAGACUUCAGAUUCAUGAGAAUCAAAUAAGUGAAAUAAAUAUGAAUACAUUUAAAGGAUUCGCUGCCGCUGACAGUUUAGACGCACUUAACUUGGCUUCCAACGAUAUUAAGGAAAUACCUGAGAAAUCAUUCCAAUCGUUAAGUGCUCUCAAUUCACUUGCACUUGAAAGAAAUCGAAUAUCAACAAUCCAUCCAUUUGCAUUCCAGGGAAUCGAAGAUUCCCUGGAAUGGUUAACAUUAGGUGAAAAUUUGUUAAAUCGUAUUCCAAGUUUUUCCUUGCAAAAUUUAACACGAUUAAGACAAUUAGAUUUACGAGGUAAUAAUAUUACGAUUGUCGAGGAAACUUCAUUAAAAGAUUUUGGAGGAAACCUGAAAUUUUUGUAUCUCAAGAAUAACAGGAUAAAAGUAAUUGAACCUGGUGCAUUUGACAAGCUAAUAUCACUUGAGUGGCUUUAUUUGGAUUCUAAUCAGUUGAUUAAACUUUCGUACGAAACUUUUUACCCGAUCAUUGAUUCACUUAAGGUUCUUGAUUUACAUGAUAAUCCAUUUGAAUGUCAUUGUGGUUUAGUUUGGUUCAGUGAUUGGGUUCGUGGUGAAGGUAAACAAGUUGUUAACAUGCCCGAUAAAACUGAGUGUUCAUUGGGCUCUUCAAGUUCAAUCAAUAAAUUGCCAAUUCGUGAGAUUCAAAGCAGUUCACUUAAUUGCGUUAAUCAAGCCACCAGUGGUCAACAAUCAAAUCUAUUAACAGUUUUCACCAUUGGAAUAGUUUAUUUAUCAAUCAUCUUUUGAUCAGCAAUAUUAACGUUGUAACAUAUUUUAAACUGUACAGUUGAAAAGAGAGUAAUUAAAGUCCAAUUAUACAGUUCAAA